AUGAUAACAUGUGACGAACUGGGAAUCAAAUAUGAGCUCAUCGUGGUUGACCUUACAAAAGACGAGCAAAAAGCACCUGACUUUGUCGAGACAAUGCAUCCUUUUGCUGCUGUCCCCGUAUUCGUGGACGAGGAUGGCACCCAGCUUUUUGAGUCUCGGGCUAUAUGCCGCUACCUUGUAGCAAAAUACGGACGAGACUCAGGGUUGGUUCCCGAUCCACACGACCUGAAAGAGACUGCAUUGUUUGAGCAAGCCGCAAGUAUCGAGUAUUCGACAUUUGACCCUCACGCUCGAGCUCUCACAUUCCAGCGUGUUUUUGCAAAGUUGCUCGGCAUAGAGCCGGAUGAAGCAGUUGCCCAAAAAUCCAUCAAUGCGCUGAACUCCAAAAUGGAAGGGUAUGAAAGAAUUUUGUCCAAGCAGAGAUAUCUUGCAGGCGACAACUAUACACUCGCAGACUUGCUCCAUGUUGGCUAUGGAAAAUAUGUCUACGAUGUCCACCCCGAAAUAUUUUACUCCAAGCCUAAUGUGAAGAGAUGGUGGGAUGAUAUUACUUCCCGGGAGACUUGUGCAGCAUGGAAUGCGUUCCGGCUGGACUAA